AUGAACAUCGACAAUGAAGCCAGUCACAGGCCAGCAUCCUCCUCCUCUUCUGUGCACGAGCUAGACAGCGCAGCCACCACCUUGCUUGUCAGCCCGACUACCUCGAAGGGGCACAGUUUCGAAGAGGCUCGUUUGUACACAGAUAUAGAGCUACAUCGGCUUGAGGACAAUAUCCGCAAGCGAAGGCAGAGUCUUGACAGCGACCAUGAACCUGACAGCUACGACGCAGCGUCGACAACCACAAACAAACACGGACACCUCGUUGCUCACGACACUGUCGCAUUGAACCAACCUUCGGCGCGCGCGGCACACACACUUCCUGAUAAUGACGAACCGCCACCACCUUCGCAAGCUCGCGAUGCCAACGCGAAAUCACAGCCGGUGUCCUGGUCCAGCUUGCCUGAAAAAAAGCAACUGGCCAUUCUCACGCUUGCCCGACUGAGCGAGCCUCUUACUCAAACUAGCCUACAGGCCUAUAUGUUCUACCAGCUGAAGUCAUUCACUUUACCUGAUGGUACUGCUCCCUCCGAUAGUAUCGUAGCAAGACAAGCUGGUCUCCUGGCUGCUGCCUUUACCGGGGCGCAGUUCUUGACCGCUAUCAUGUGGGGACGGCUUGCAGAUUGGGAAGGUUUGGGACGGAAGCGGGUCAUCUUGAUCGGACUGUUGGGCACCGCCAUUGGGAGUCUCGGCUUCGGAUUCAGUGGUUCUUUCCCUGUCGCUAUCUUCUGGCGAGCCGUGGGCGGCAUGCUCAAUGGCAAUAUGGGGGUGAUGAGGACGAUGAUCAGCGAGAUUGUAAAGGAGAAGAGGUUUCAAAGCAGGGCAUUUCUACUCUUGCCUAUGACUUUCAAUAUUGGAGUCAUCGUGGGACCGCUUCUAGGAGGAUUGCUCGCGGAUCCAGCUGGGAGUUAUCCGCAGCUUUUCGAACCUGGGAGUACUUUGGGAGGCGAACGCGGCGUGAGAUUGUUCAUGGAGUGGCCUUAUGCUUUGCCAAACAUUGUCAAUGCGGUAUUCCUAUGUCUGAGUGCCUUGGGUGUCAUGCUGGGGCUGGAAGAGACACUUGAAGGGCUGAGAGGAAAGUCGGAUUAUGGACUACGUUUCUCGAAAUGGAUUGCAGGAGUCUUGUUCAAGACAAGGACGAAGCAGGACUAUCAUCUCGUUGACGAACAUGCUAAUUCCAGCGACCUGGAGAUGGACUGUGUGGACAAGAAAGAGAAGCCCCCGCCUCGUCAGAAGCUGCCUCUGCGCCGGAUCUGGACCAAGAAUGUGCUGUGUGUAUUGCUCGCCCAUGGCCUUCUUGCGAUGCAUGUCGGAACAUUCAGUAAUAUCUGGUUCGUCUUCCUCUCCACACCGCGAUUCCAACCUGCAGGACAGCACGGCUCUACUAGUGGCGACACUCUCAAGCUUCCCAAGGACUACAAACCGCAUCUGCCCUUCACAUUCACAGGCGGUCUCGCGUUACCGCCCCCAGCCAUUGGGACAGCACUUGCCAUUAUGGGCGUCAUCGGGAUUACGUUGCAGCUCGUACUUUACCCACGCCUUUCAUUCUCCCUUGGGACGGUCACAUCCUAUCGCUUGUCGGCUUUCUUCUUCCCAAUAUCGUAUACUCUCGCCCCUUUCCUGGCGAUCAUCCCAUCGACCCUGGCACCACCACACCAAGCCUCUGGCAUUCUUGUCUGGAGUGGCCUCACUAUAGUGCUGCUCAUCCAGGUUGUAGCAAGAACUUUUGCCUUACCUCCGACUGCGAUUCUGGUGAACAAUGCGUCGCCGCACCCGAGUGUGCUGGGAACGAUCCAUGGCAUUGCGCAGAGUGUGAGCUCGGCGACGAGAACCAUUGGACCUGUGCUAGCUGGAUGGAUAUACGGUGUUGGCCUUAACAGGGGUGUAGUUGGUCUGGCAUGGUGGUGCAUGGCAGGGGUGGCGUUACUCGCCUUGAUAGCUGGAAGGUUCGUGCAAGAGGGUGACGGCCACGAGAUCUGGUUGCCCGGCGAAAGGGAAGACGAAGACAUAGGUUGA